GGGGCCUAGAGGACAGGCUGGUUCAGUCAAGGCUGGAGGCUCAGUCCUGCCACAAUGGCGGUGGUGGACGCGCUGGCUACUGUUGCUCUCACAGUGGUUAUACCACCCUUCCUGAUUGUCCUUGUCACCGUCCUCGUCUUGGCUAGCUUGGGGAAGUCUCUAGGCCUCAGACAGAAAUAUGUGCAGUUCCUCCUGAAGGUGUUUGAGGAUGGCAACAGGAUACUUGUAAAAAAGUUUGGUCGCCAGAGAUUAUCAAAGAAUUAUGGGAAGGCCUCUGGAGAUGAGCAGGAAGAAGAGGAAGAGGAGGACCAGGUGUCCAGGGAGGUGAUAUGUAGAGACAAGCUGGUCCUGCGCCCAACACUAGACAAGGACAAUAAUGAAGGGCUGGACACCCAUGAGUUCGAGCUUGGGGAUUGCCUGGACUACAUACGCACUGGCAUGGAAGCAAUAGUGGACGAUGAGGUGACCAAGAGGUUUUCAGCAGAAGAACUGACGUCAUGGAACUUCCUCACUCGGACCAACUGCCAGUAUGAGUUCAUCAGCGUGCGACUCACUAUAUUCUGGGUUGUGGGCUUCAUUCUGCGCUACUUCCUCCUUCUGCCCCUCCGCAUUAUCAUCCUCCUAAUUGGGACGAUGCACAUGGUGACCUCAACCCUUCUAAUUGGAUUGCUUCCGGAUGGGCCUGUGAAACGGAAGCUGUGCCGAUUCAUCUUUAUAACUUCCUUUAGAAUCAUAAGUCGUGCUUUUAGUGGUGUGAUUACGUAUCACAACAAGCACAACAUGCCGCGUUCAGAUGGGAUAUGUGUUGCCAACCACACAACCCCUGUUGACUGUGUGGUGCUGGCAUGCGACAACGGUUAUUCCUAUGUUGGUCAGCGACAUGGAGGAUUUUUAGGUAUAUUCCAGCGAGCUCUGUCUCGGGCCUCAGCACACAUUUGGUUUGAAAGGUCAGAGUCCAAAGAUCGCUUUGCUGUGGCACGAAGACUGAGGGAACAUGUAGAGGAUCCAGAAAAACUCCCUAUCCUGAUCUUUCCCGAGGGUACAUGCAUCAACAACACAUCUGUCAUGCAGUUCAAGAAAGGGACAUUUGAAGUUGGAGGAAUUAUCUAUCCUGUUGCCAUCAAGUAUGAUCCAAGGUUUGGAGAUGCUUUCUGGAAUUCUUCAAAAGAGUCCAUGUUGAGCUAUAUCUACAUGAUGAUGACAUCAUGGGCCAUUGUCUGUGAUGUGUGGUACCUGCCGCCCAUGACGAGGAGAGAAGGGGAAUCCUCCAUUGAUUUUGCUAACCGUGUGAAGGCGGAAAUUGCUCGACAAGGAGGGCUUGUGGACCUAGUAUGGGAUGGUGGGUUGAAACGAUCAGCGCCGAAGAUAGAGUGGAAACAGCAGUACCAGCAAGAGUUCUCACGACGCCUUAAAGUUCAAAAUGUGAAUGCGGAGAAGAAAGAGGAGAAGACUGAAUGACUAGAGGAGAACCAAGGGAAACCAAAAGUCCUGUGAACAGCUGAGUGGUGGAGGGCAUGCGAGUCAUGCAGUAUGUCAUGAAGUGUAGCAUUGUUAUGGUAAAGCUAUUCUUGGAUACAAUAUUUUUAUGAAUGUGAUGCACAGCAUCCUAGAUAAAAAUGUAUGAAACUUGUUUGUGAUGGGGAUUGAACAAAGGAUUAACUUGAUUCACUGUUGGAUAGUGAAGUAAAAUGUUUCCUUGCAAAAUGGAAUUUGCAUGGGAAAAAUAAUUGUUUAAGAUAAAAAUAUCUUUAUUUCACUGAUCAAAUAAAUGGAACUAACUAUAUUUUACACAUAAGAAUUACAUUAACAUUGUUACAUUUAUUUGGAUCAGUGUUUGCUUGGGGUUAUAUUGGAUAGUUCAUAGGGUAAAAUUAUUAUUCUGUCCAUGGUUGAUGGUAUUGUCCUACAAAAUCUGCAGAAUGAUGACAUUUCAGACAAGCAAAUGAUAUGGACUGCUGGCAGACCUGUGCAACUAUGGUAAACUACAUAGCUAUGGUAAUCUUAUAUUCUUUUCCUUUCCAUCAUAUUAGAUAUUUAAAAUCCUGUUAUGACUAAACUUGGGCCACACAAGGCUUAUUCCCACCUGUCAAAUCAUCUUCCCACAUAUGUUCAUUCCUAACUUCGUGUCAUAUUUAUUUAAUUUUCCCAUUGAUCAAUGAUGCACAACUAGAAACUUAGUUUCAUGAAAGAAUUCCUCAUCUCAGUGACAUGCUAACUUAACAUAUCCAAUUUUUAUUGUAAUGGCCCAAACCUGAAAGCCUUGCAAUCCUACCAGAGCAUGGGAUACUCCUGUUGCACAAUUAGUUACUUGACAAGCUUCCAUGUUUGGGUUCAGGAUUUGAUUCCUGACAUGUCACCUUUAUCUUGAAACCCAGAUUUAUUUGAGCUUCCAGAUCUUAGUCAUUUUGUAUUUCACUGCACUGAGUGUAUUAUAUGUGGGUGUGGUAUAGUUUAAGGCACAAGUAGGAAGUUUGAGGCAAUACACUGGUAGCAGCAACAUUUAACUGGUGUCUGGUGGCCACAGGAAAGAAAAUACAACUGGUGGUAAAGAACAGAGACCCCUAUUAGGUAAUAUACAUAUGGUUUAAUAUGUUUCUGUAUAUCUGGACGGGGAUAUCCCAUUCCAUGUUCUCAGAUGAAGCUUGCUCUAAUAAAAGAUUUAAGUCAGUAUAUUCAUAGUAAAAUGGAAACUGAAACAAAAAAUUGAUCAGAAUGGAGGGAGCAAGCUCAGUGACAGUACAAUCACAGCUGACCAAAAAAAUCAACUGUGGUGAUCAUCUUGGCAUGAUCAGUAGUCUUGGUCUCAUGUUUCCUGUGGGUCAUGUCAAGGGUUUGGUCCUUUGGUCUGGAAAAGGCCUCUCAUGGCUGGAUUUGUCCUGCUUUCAGAUAAAUCUCUCAGUAUUUCAGUGAAGUCCUGAAGGGACAUAACAGUGGUAGCAGCAGUAAAGAUCUCAUCACUUCUGCCUCAAACAUAUAUCAUCUCAGACUAGACCAUAACUACAUCACACUCGAGCAUAUUGAAAUACUGAGCUAGUUAUAUGAGAGCUUGAAAUAAAUCUGAGGUUUGGGAGAAAGGUGUCGUAUUGAAUUAAACCUGAGACCUGAGCACAUAAGCCUGCCAGCUUACUAAUUUAGCAAUGUGUGCACCUCAUAGUCAGGCAGGCUCAGGUUUCUGUGUUUGGGUUAUUAGUAUGCCCUGUAUCAAAGCAGGUUUAUCUUUUACUUCUUUAUUUACUUCACAAGACAAGAAAAUAACAUUUGUUGUAUUAUAGUACCAUAUGGCUUACAUUGGCGGGUGCAUAACACUCCAUGUAUUUACUUACUCAUUCUUUCUUUUUAGGUGUAGAUAUGAUAAGUGGAAUUUCUGUGCUUGGUUUGCCAUCAUUUUGCCUAUCCUGAAGGAAUUCGUUUUAUUUGUAGAUGUAGGUACUGUCUUCAGAGACGUAGGUAAGAUAAUCAGAUAUCAUCAUUUAACACACAUACUGUAUCCUAUGAUAAGAGAAAGAAAAAAUCAGUUAUAGACUUGCAACAAAGUCACCUCUUCUUCAAGAGAUUGGUUUCAUCAGUUGAUGUAACUCCCAGAUCCUUUCUGACAAGUUAGGUAUCAGAUUUAUUGCAUUUUUCUUUUUUCAACCCACUUUUUAUUGCCUAAAGCCAAUUGUUAAACCAUGCUUAGGGUGGCAUCCAAGAAUAAAUGCCAGAACCAAAGAAUAUACCCAAGGGCAAACUCAUUUUAGUGAUAAGGGAUAGAGAAAUAUUUUAGUACAUAAUUACUGUCACCAUUCUGCAGGUCUUGUAGGACCCAGUAAUGACGAAAUGUACUGCAUAGGUUGUUCUAAAGGAUAUAUGCACAUGACAAGAGCACAUCUAGUGUUAUGUACAGGUUAUGUGUGCAACAUAUCGUGACAUACUAUAUCAUGGUACCAUGUUUUACAGUGACUUUGGUGUCUUCUUGGAUUAUUCCUAUGUACAGUUUCUGAUGCAUUCCCAACUCUACAUACUGAGAUUUAAUUUAUUGUACGAGAUGUAGAGUGACUAGUUAUAGGAUUGUGUGUUCCUCAUUCUGUCCAUUGUGAAAAUGAGUUGAAACAAGAUGAUGUAAUAGUACUUACUUUACUUGAUCAUGUGGGAGAAAGAGUGCCAUUAGAUGAAAUAUCAGUAUCUUGGGGACAUCUGCCAGUCUCUGCCUUAAGCCUUAAACUUUCAAUAACUGAAAUUUACUCCAGUUCACAACUUCAUCAUAGUGCAUAAUCUUUAUAUAAAGAGGGCACAUUUAGGAAACAGAUUCACAAAAUACAUGAAAUAUUUUGAUACAAUACAAAGUGUCACAUUAUCACAGGAUCCCUUAGAUGUAGGAUUAUGUAGGAUGCAGUUCAGUAGAGGUUGAAAAGACUCAAGGUAGGUAAGUAUUUAUGCCCAACGAUGUAUUUUGAUACAAAAACGCUUGUUAUACCAAGGCACUAAAGUGUAAGCUGUAGCAUAGGGAACAGAGAAUGUUUUCAUGGAUGUUUUUCAAAUGACAUAACUGUGAUGUGUAAAGAUUAGCAUUUUCAUAUUUAUGAUGUACGUAUACAUAAAGAUGCAUUUCAAAUACUGUUUCAAGUAAGACUUAGUAUGUUGAAUUCUCAGGACUACAUUUAUAUUUAGUUUUUAUUUAUAUAUAAUUAUUUAUUCUUUUCUAGAACAGAUGAGAAAAAACAUACAACUACAGUUUUUCUUUUUUACACACUAGUGUUUGCAAAUUUAAUGUGUCACCAUUUCCUCCAGGGAUUCCCUGGAAGGAUGUAGGUGUCAAACAUGGUGAAGGCAGUCAAAAUGGGUAUCAUAGUUUGGCAUUAAUGUAAUUCACUAUUAAUGUCAUUUCUCCAAAUAAGGGUGAUACUGAAAAAUAAGAAAUGUUGAACAUGUGACAGGUUUAGUAAUGUACUGUGUUCACUAGUCAUUAACUCCUUCACUAUAAUGGCUGAAGCCUCAUCCUUAGUGUUAUUACUCCCUUUAUAAGGCUAGAGAGGCAGUUUGUCUUGCUCUCCAAUAGACCCAAUGGCCUGACAUGUAUGGCUCUCCAGCUUAGAGCCACACUGCUCCUCUCCUUUUGUUGGGAAGUGAAAUCAUUAAAUAAUUAAGGGAUGUAUUGUGGCAACACUACUCUUGGGUCACCAGAUUGUACUGGCUGGCUGCUGUUCACCAAUCUACGCAUUUUCUGUUCAUAAUGGAUCUUCCUGAUGGCAGCAGCCAGGAUUCAAGUUCUAAAAAUGUAUUGCUUGGCAGUCAAACCUUUGCAUACAUCACUGCCCUCCUUAUCAAUCCUUUGUAGUGAAGGAGUUAAAUUGUUAUGUGAGAGUGGUCAACCUACUCAAAGUAUGUAUGACUUAGGGGCUGUGUACAGUUUUAAAUACUUGUAGAAUAGUCUGAAAUCUUUUGGUUCUUGGCCCCAAAUGUGGAUGGGUAAUUAUAAUUAUUGUGAAAUAAAGUUUUGUAUGUAAAGAAA